AUGGGGGCGCCUUCAGGCUUGAAGGACGACUGCGAAGCACUGCUCAGCCGCUUCCAGGAGAUGGAUAGCGUGCGCUUCGAGGACUUCACUGAGCUCUGGAGAAGUAUGAAGUUCGGAACCAUCUUCUGUGGUAGAAUGAGAAAUUUAGAAAAGAACACGUUUACAAAAGAAGCUUUGACUUUGGCUUGGCGAUAUUUUUUACCUCCAUACACCUUCCAGAUCAGAGUUGGUGCUUUGUAUCUGCUGUAUGGAUUAUAUAACAUGCAACUGUGUCAACCAAAACAAAAGAUUAGAGUUGCCCUGAAGGAUUGGGAUGAAAUUUUAAAAUUUCAACAAGAUUUGAUAAAUGCACAACAUUUUGAUGCAGCUUAUAUUUUUAGGAAACUACGACUAGACAGAGCAUUUCACUUUACAGCAAUGCCUAAAUUGCUGUCAUACAGAAUGAAGAAAAAAAUGCAACGAGCUGAAAUUACUGAAGAAUUUAAGGACCCAAAUGAUCGUGUUUUGAAACUUAUCACUUCUGAUGUAUUAGAGGAAAUGAUGAACGUUCAUGACCAUUAUCAGAGAAUGAAACAUGUAAUUUCAGCUGACAAAUCCAAUCCGGAAAAAUCCAUCAACUUGAUAAAAGAUGAUUUUUUUGAGAAUAUUAAGAACAUAGUUUUGGAGCAUCAGCAGUGGCACAAAGACAGAAAGAAACCACCUUUAAAACUGAAAGUUAAAGGAGGAGAAGAAAAGAGUGAGAGAAAUUCACAACAAUCAGAGAGAUGUGAAAGGGCAGAAUCAUUAGCGAAAAUAAAAUCAAAGGCCUUUUCAGUUGUUGUUCAGGCAUCAAAGUCAAGAAGGCACCGUCAGGUCAAAGUUGACUUUUCUGAUUCUGAAUCCGGCCAAGUACAAACCAAAACAACUAGGAAAAGAAGAAACAAAGAAACGUUGAAACCAGCAGGAAGGAAAGUGUCUUCCAGAGACAGAGGUGACAUGCAGAAUAUACAUAUGGAAGAUAAAUCUUUAAGUCUGAGUAUGCCUGUGGUUACAGAAGAGGAUGAGGAGAAUGAAAGUUUUAGUGAAACAGAGUUCACUGCACCCAAGAGGAGAAGAAAACAGAGAACAAAAAGCUAGGCUUCCCACUCCAGUAUCCUUGGACUUUCUUGGUAGCUCAGCUGGUAAAGAAUCCACCUGCAAAGCGGGAGACCUUGGUUCGACCCCUGGGUUGGGAAGAUGCCCUAGAGAAGGGAAAAGCUGCCCACUCUAGUAUUCUGGCCUGGAGAAUUCCAUGGACUGUAUAGUCAUGGGGUCGCAAAGAGUUGGACAUGACUGAGCGACUUUGACCUACUCACUUACUCACAUGUAAAUGGUUAGUUAUUUUACGAUAUCUAAAGUUUGGUAACAGAUUUGUUUAUGGUGUAUAUUAAAUAUUUUAUAUAUUAUGUUGUAAAGUGCACUAAAGUUUUUGCUUUAUUUUUUAAUAUUUGAGACUUACAUGGUCAGUAGCUUAUAUGAUUAAUAACUUAGGAAGCUCAGUUUCUAUCUCUGUAAUCAAGUAUCAUUUGGUGCUUGUUUUAAAGCUCCCUUUGGCCUAACAUGUCAGUAUGUAUACAUGCAUGUUUGUGUAUGUAUAGAUAUAUCUAUGUAUGUGUCCAUUUAUGCAUAUAAUAUGAUUAGUCAAUACACUGGGUACAACAUUUAAAUACUGAUUAUUUCUAGUAAAACCUUUAAGAGUGAUAAUAUAUAUUUCAGAACAUGUCUGUGGUACAGAAAGUUGGUACUCAAAAAAAAUUCUGUAGCCUCGUGA